CUCUAACAAGUACUGUUCCUGAGUGUGCGCGCGUGACGCGUGGCCAAUUUAGAGAAGGAGCAAAAGGAGCUCGCGGAGCUGAGCGUGUUCGUGCAGCUCCAACCGUAUCUCCAGUAUCUGCGUAUUUAGUAAGGCGUGCGACACCUCGGACAGGAGUGACGAUCAGACGAACGAGCAGACGGACACUGAGGGGGUUUAGUGCACUUGUGGCUCUUGUCAGGUGCGGAUGAGAAGCCAGAGCGCGUGGAGCACGCUGCGCCGCGCCUGGAACAAUGGGACCUGAGUGGCAUACUCUUACACUCCCCGCGCUGCGUCUCCACGAACUCGGCACAGGCGCCCCCGGGAGCAGCUCUGGCGCAAUCACUUCUUUCCGCUCCACUCUUUUUUAAAUCAGCCAGUCUAUUUGUUCUCCCCACGCGUUUUUUUUCCUACACUGGUUUGCAUAUUUAUGCAUGCUGGUCACGUCGUGCGUGCGUGCGUAGCUGUUUGAGAUUUGCGGGGCCGCUUCGUAAGCUCGUGUUUGUGUCUGCGAUAUGUGGAAGACUGGAGAGCGCUUGCGCGCGGUGCUGCUGUGGCUGCCCGUGCUGCUGGCCGUGACACUCGGCCGCACUCCAAUCUCGCACAGGGUUAACGAGCCAAGCAACAUGUCGUACGUGAAAGUCACCGUGGACAAACUGCUCAAAGGCUACGACAUUCGGCUCAGGCCCGAUUUUGGAGGUCCUCCUGUUGACGUCGGGAUGAGUAUUGACAUCUCCAGUAUUGAUAUGGUGUCUGAGGUGAACAUGGACUACACCAUCACCAUGUAUUUCCAGCAAUCAUGGCGUGAUAAACGCUUGUCCUACACUGGGAUUCCUCUGAACCUGACACUGGAUAACCGUGUGGCUGAUCAACUCUGGGUGCCUGAUACUUAUUUCAUAAAUGACAAGAAAUCUUUUGUUCAUGGUGUCACCGUCAAAAACCGCAUGAUUCGGCUGCAUCCAGAUGGAACUGUGCUCUAUGGUCUCAGGAUUACUACUACAGCAGCCUGUAUGAUGGACCUGCGGAGGUACCCCCUGGAUGAACAAAACUGCACUCUGGAGAUUGAGAGCUAUGGCUAUACCACAGAUGACAUUGAGUUUUACUGGCAGGAGGGAAGUUCAGUGACUGGAGUAGACAACAUCGAGUUGCCACAGUUCUCUAUCAUUGACUAUAAAACGUUGUCAAAGAAGGUGGUGUUUGCAACAGGGUCAUACCCUCGUCUGUCCCUGAGUUUUAAGCUAAAGAGAAACAUUGGAUAUUUUAUCCUGCAAACCUACAUGCCCUCAAACCUGAUCACCAUCCUGUCCUGGGUCUCCUUCUGGAUUAACUAUGAUGCUUCUGCAGCACGGGUAGCUCUAGGAAUCACUACUGUACUGACCAUGACCACCAUCAACACCCAUCUACGAGAGACACUACCCAAGAUUCCCUAUGUAAAAGCCAUAGAUAUAUAUCUAAUGGGCUGCUUUGUCUUCGUGUUCUUGGCCCUGCUUGAGUAUGCAUUUGUUAACUACAUUUUCUUCGGCCGAGGUCCUCACCUACAGAAGAAAGUGGCAGAAAAAGCUGCUAAGAGCAACACUGAGAAGAGCAGACUGGAGAACAAAAUCCAGGUGGAUCCCCAUGGAAACAUUCCCCUUACCAAUCUUGACCUGCGACUCACUGGGGCUGAGAUGCUCAGUGGUCUUGGUGACCCUCGGAAUACCAUGUUCUCUUAUGACAGUGCCAGUAUUCAGUACCGCAAGCCUCUGACAGGCUGUGACAUUUACGGCCGACCGACUGCUUCCCUUGAGCGGCCAAUCAAACCCAAGAAGAGUCACUUGAAGAAGCAGGCCUCUCAGCUUAAAGUGAAAAUCCCAGACCUGACAGAUGUGAAUGCCAUUGACAAGUGGUCACGUGUCAUAUUUCCUAUCACCUACACUUUCUUCAAUCUAGUCUACUGGCUUUAUUAUGUCCACUAGGGGGCAGCAGUGCACUCAGCUUAGCUUUCACUUAUCAAAUCUGGUCAAGUGCUCUCAACAAAAGGGUUAUUUGAUUUAAUUUGAUAUCUUGCCAUAUAUAAGCUAUAGGGUCAUCUAGAUAAUGUAAGAAAUAUUUAGUUUCUGAUUAGAUGUUUCUAUUCAUCACCCCUGCUUCAUGUAAGAUCGAACUACAGGGGUGUGAUGGUGCUGCAGCUAACUUGUGAAAAAAUGCACAAUAGCCCAGAGUUAGUGCUAACACUACAGCUGUAACUGUAGGCAGCAUUUGAAGUCAGGCACUAUGGUCUUAGACAAUAAACAAUGAUAAUUCUCAGAAUAUCUACCAGCCUUUUAAAUAUUUGCACUGUAUUUGGGACAGAGUUUAUUUAGACUUUAACGAUACUGCAGCUUUGGUUUAGUUAUGAGAUGCCUAUGUGCACAUGUGCUAAUACUCUUGGUAAAUACUUGCGUAUUAGAUAGUCCCACAUUGUUAGUGUAGCCACACUUAGCUCUUUUACACAAUGUGUUACAACAUGAUGACCAAUUAGAAAAUAGAGCAAACAGG